AGGCUGGGGGGGGUCCCUGCUUGUGGCCGGCUUUCGCUCCUACAACUUGCACUGCGCUGCACAAGACUGAGCGGAUCGAUGUUGAGAUGUCCUGUCCCCGAUGAGAUGUCACAGCCUCUCCAACACCAGAAUACCCCCUAAGGUGUCCUAGCAGUUCCUGGGCUUGCUGCAGCCUGAAGAUGAUCCAUCUCGCAGCCUGUUGAGCACAUGUUGUUCCUUGUGCUUCUCCAUUGGUUUCUCUCUACCAGAUCAGGAUGAGGCUUUACAUCCUUGCUGGCUUUGCUGUGCCUGCUGCUGCUUGUUCACUAUGGAGGUGUCAAAUCUCACCGCUGGCCAAUGACGCCAGCUGUGGCUCUGUUGGAGCACUUCCCUGCCUGCCUCUCCUCCUCCGUGGGAGAUCCCCCGCCUGUCGCAGAACAACUGCAUUAUCCUCCUCCAAAUCCCUCUUCUGCUGUGACGUCUGCAGAACACUUGACUGAGAUUAGUCUGUCAUGUGGAGGCUCUUACCCCCCCGCUGACCUGUGCUUCCCUUUCUGUGGCUGCUUUUGGCUUGUGUCUCUUCCCUGCUUGUGCAGCCGGCGGCGGCCCGGGCCUGGCACUCCCAGGCUCUGGGGUUGUGGUGAAACUGGAGUUCUGGGAGGAACAUCGGACAGGAAUAGUUCCGUGCUCUGUCUGCUCAAGCGCUAACUUUUCCAUCACAGCUUUCUUGCCUGCACACUGCUCUCUCUAAUAGUAUCUCUGACACCUUCCACAUUUCCCUGAAAAGGACUUUUUGCUGAAUCCUCAUUAUUUUGAGAGGUAUCAACGAAGCUAAAGAUUUUGUGACUUCUUGCCACAGUGUCCAGCUGCGGAGCUGGCAAGGCCGCCAGCUCAGCAUGAGAGGAUUGGGGUUCGCCCAGGUGUAUCAAAAAGUCCCGCCUGGACUGCUCUUCAGUGCCUGUUUUUUAUUUAAAGCAAUAAUUAGUGCUUUUGUCCCAGGCAGACAGCUGUGUAGUGCCCUGAGCACGAUCCCAGUGUUGCCCUCAGGUCACUGUACACUUGGCCCUGGUGAUGUGUGUUUCCUUCAUGCCGCCCUGCUUGAAUUUCCUGUUUCCUCCUCACUUGGCAGCGAGUGCCCUUGGAUCAACACCAGUUUGCUGUGACAGCAAGUUGCAGACCAUUGUUCAAACAAGGGAGCAGCGAGGAGUGGUAUUGCCUUGCUACAGCGUUCAGCAUCAAUGAAGCACAACUGAAAUAGCCUCCAGCUCUGCUGUCAGGUCUUCAGGAGGGUGCUGCAGCUUUGGCAGGGACUCAGAAUCAAUUUUUGAGCAGAAUCAAUUAGGAAGCUGGAAAAUUGAACAUGAUGCUGGGAUAGAUUUGAGGUCCUCAGGCUGCUUAGUGUUGAGAUGGCUCAAUCAUGCUGUUUUCAGUGCGUGCGCAGGGAGCAGGUUCAAUGAAGGGCUGCUUUACCAAAGGAAAGUGAGAUCUGGUUACCCAAAGCUGGGGCGUGUAGGACUCAAACUGGAAAUGAGCUGCAGAUUUUAACGAUGAAACCAUUGGAACCCUUCAUCUUCGGAUGGGUUGGAUGGGAUUGACUGAAAUCUUUGUUUAGGUUUGAGGAUAUUUCUGCAAGAGAUGUUUUAGUUUUACUUCAGAGAUAAAUCAGUGACGGGAUUUUCUUGAUGAUGCUUCUAACAUCGGUUAUGCCCAGAAUCUGAUCUGAUGUUUGUGUCAAGGGUUGUUUUUCCAGUAAUUUGGACCUUCCUGAAGCACCCGCUUGCCUAAUGCCAUGAAUAUUGCAGCGAACAAUGUGGAAGAAAAAGCUGUCCAUUCCUGGUCAAGAAUUUCCUCUGCAGGACAGAAAGUGCUGGAGGAAGCCCUACGAGUCUUCAACCCGAUGUCCAAGGACCUUUCGGACACAGAGACCCAGCUGGUGGCCUUCAUUCAGGGCCUGAAGGAGGAGGGCUAUCAGCCCACAGUUCUGAGGAGUAAGGAUGUGUACGGGUACAGCUCGUGCACGGCAGACACACCUAGUCAAACUAAAGAGACCACCCUGCACAACUGCGCCAAUGCCGCCGAGCCCACUAAGACUCCGGCUAGAAACACCGCAGCCAUGGCAAAGGUGUCUGCUUCGCCCACCAGUGUUUCGGUGAACUCUUCGAAAGUGUCCACUCAGCCUGUCUCUAAAGGGGAUUCCACAAAUCUCCUCUUGAGCUCCUUGAAGCAAACAAGAUCCGGCACGUCCAAGGCCGCAGCAGUGGGCUUCCCUACAAGCAUGUAUCCUGACGUGUAUCCAGCCAUGAGACUGUCAGUAGUUCUGGAAGCUCUGGUGCCACUGAAAACUACCGUGCCCUGUUUGGAGUCCAAGUACACACAAGGGCGUCUUGGGAUCUCACCCUCGGACCUUAAACUCCUCAAGGCUUCGAGUACACCGAGGCAGUUUUCUUCAGGCAAGACCACUAAAAUAACAGAAGGUAAGGGCUACAAGCGUUUGAUUAAGAAAGCCCCGGAUUCUGCCACCCUUGCUUUAAAUCUUCUGAAGGGACCAAAGGGUGGAGUGCUGCAGGAGAGCAAUGCUUGCAAAGCCUCGGGAGUCCUCAAUGGGAGAGUCACAGGCAGCUCAUCCCAGGGCUGCACCACAGCAGCACAGUCCAAGACCCUGAAAAUCAAAGAUAAGGAAGCUCUGGUGGGGAAAACAGAGUGGAAGGACAGCAGCACUUACCGUGAGAGCGUUGGGCAGAAGAAGAGAAGAGCUACGGAGUCAAGAGAAGCACCGCAGAGGAAGAAAGCAAAUACCAUUCCUAUCCAAAAUAAAUCUCGACGAGCUCAGAGCACUUUGAACCUGCUGAAAUUCCGGGCCAUCAAGGUGGGCGACUCUUCCUCUGACGAUGAAGUGAGGAGGAGAGCACAGAAGAUUCUUAGGGUCAAUCUGUCCCCCGUGAUCCGAAUUCAGCCCUUGUCCCACUCUCACAGCGUCCCCUGAGUUUCUUCACUUUGUCACUUAUUUUGUAAGUAAGUAAAUACGAGCCUGGCACCAGAGCAUGGGGAAGUUUAAGAGCAACUCUGGAUCUCUGGUGCCUGGUGACGGUAUGUCGACUAACCUGCAGACGGAGCAGCCUGCUCUCGUGCUGUUUCUGCCUGUCUACCACUGCUAUGGAGAACUGACUGCAGAAAUACAAAAACCUGUUCGGGAACAUGGGGUGAUGACUCUCGCCCAUGGCGAGCCGAGCAGGCUGGAGGGCUUGCUUCCCACGGGCGCUCUUCUGAACGUGGCAGGCUGCGCUCUCAUGCAGGGGGAGAACACGGGACUUUCUCAUGACAUUGAUGCACUGUGAUAUUGCUGUUUUUCAAGCUGUACAUUUACUGGUUUUAUUUUGAUCAAAUUUUAUAACUUUAUUAUCUAUAUAUCUAUAUAUCCAUAUAUGUGCAUAUGGCCCGGGAACUGUGGGAAGGUGCUCUUCCUCCAUCCCUCUGGGAUUGGGUUCAAUAGCUUUUGUUCCCCCUCCCCUUCAGCCAGUCUUUUGUUGAAAGGUGCCAGGAUUUCUUUGUGAUUCAGUGUUGUGACAGUCUGUUCUGGCCUCUCUUGAGCAGCUCAGAGGCAGGCAGAGUUAUCGCCACUUGUUUGUCUCCAGAAAUGCCAAGCAAUGUGGAGAAUUACCAGCUGAUAGUUGACUACAGUUUUAAUCAUACUUUUGGUAUUACCUCUGCGUAAGAGUGGGGGAGUGUUACGGGGCUGCUGACGUCUCUAGGUGCCUCCUCCAUUCUAUGGUAGCAGAAGCUCUGAAUACAUGGUAGGGGUUUGCUUCCAAAGAGCGAUUCCUCCUCAGCACUCAGUGUUGCUCUGCUCUCCUGUACCCCAGCUGCUGACGUAAAGCAUGAACUGUGACUAUUAGAGCUGAAGGGUUGGAGUUGUUAACAGGAAUUGCGUAAAGUGUUCUGUCCACCACGUAACUGCUUUGCUGUUGCUGGAUGUUUCAGGAGCAGGUUCUAGCUGCCAGUAGAGAAGACACAGGCUGUGUUUGAAUGUAUUAGAAUACAUCCUGCCGGUCCCAGAGCUCAGUGGGGUAUUUGAGCCUGAAUUAAA